UGGUGCCCAUAACGCAAACGGCUCGUGCCGUCGAUGUUCUGUUGGCUCCUCGCUUGGGAUUCGAAAGAAGGGAAAUAAAGGCUUUUAUUGACGUCAAACGUGAAUGUAAAUGAGCUCAACAGGCGACGACAGCGACGACGAAACGACCCUCCACCGGAUCACAUCGCACCAAACGAUUACGCGUUCUUCCAGAUCGAGCCACCCCCGAGUUUUUCCUUUGCUUUGCUUUUAUUGAACCAAAGCUUUCACCAACACUCGUUGAAAAGAAAGUUGAACUGAAGAUGUGGAGCUGACGGUCAAAACUAUCCCUCCAUGAAUCUGGAGUCAAGGGGUAAGUCGCUGCGAUAGUGCGAUCUGAUUGCAGAGAGAGAGCCGCCAGCGGACACCAGGAGACAAGGAGUCUUUUUAGAGCCACCGGUGCGGACCCCACCGGCAUAUCAAUCACUGUCCCGGAGAAGGGAGGCGUCUGAUUCAGGAGCGAGGGGGAUUCUGGAGCACAGGUCUGGAUUCUGAGAUCCAAGAGAAAGAGGACGAGGACAGAGAAAUUUGCCGAAAACCAAAUGUGAACCCAAAACCUACUCCUCCUCCUCAUCUUGCCGCGGGUGCGCACCGGCGCAGAGGAUCGGGACCCGCAGCAUCAUCGAUUCGCGGUUUGAUUUGGGAAGCCGUUCUGGACGCGCCAUAGGUGACCGUGGCGAGCGAUACACUUGGAGCUAGGAUUCCCCCUGAAGAGGAACAUACCCAUUUUGAAGCAUGAAGAUCAGGAUAUUGUUUUUGUUCGUUUGGUCUGCGGCAUUUUUGGCGGAGCUGCAUUGCGCGCAGUGGCCAAGGACCACCAACGGGUUCGAUGCCCCUACGACGGGCUCGGGCAACACCAGUGUGGACGCCGGUGGUGGCAAAAGGGAUAUGAAUCAAACAAUAAGUUCCAGGCAAAAGAGAAGAAACCUGGCAGUGGAUUUUGCGGUGCCUUCUCUGCUGCGCAAUUAUCUGAGCGAGUUCAUCAAAAGACCGCUGAACGGGGAUUGUCUGACUUUUAAUGGCUGCUAUACUGUGCGUGCCAACUUGCAGAUGCAUUGCAUACCUUUGCAAAAGACAAUAUCAACUUUUGCGGACUCGAAGUUGGCCGCGGUUGAGACGGCUGGCGCGAACGCGUCCACCGCCGGUAGGCUCCCGCCUCACGUCAGCACGCGGCCGCUGUCCAAAGUUCUGAGUCUGGGCUUGACUAAAGCCAGCCGAAAAUCGAACCAAGUCGUGGUGGAAAUAGGGGAGGAUGUGGUGAGGACGGGAUGCGGCGGACUGUUGGUCUACGAGGAUGCCCCCGUAUUUACUUUGGAAAUGGACCUGACAUCUAUCCUUGAGUGGUGGCUCGGAGCGGAAGGGGGCCGGCUCAGGGUUCGGCUCAUGCCCGAGAAAAGAGCCCAGGUCCCCGGGAUGGAGGACAAAUACACCGCGGCUAUACGGGCUGCGGACCCACGCCUCUUUCUUCAGAUAGCCUCUCGGGGUGAGCCGUUGGCUGGCAGGAACGAGGCGGGCGUUCCCAGAGGCUACUGGAACUUCUCCUGGGUGGCAGAGGACAAGUUGGGCUUCCCCAGGGCCCGAGUGCCCGCUCCAGAUCGCAGAUGCAACAGCAACAGCAAGUCGUGUGACAAGCAGCCCGCGCUCAACCCUGAGGUGACAUGGAGCAUCGUGGCGGCCGAAGACCCUCACCCGGACGGGGACGACUGGAGGAACGAGGACAAGGAGGGAAGCCCCCAGGGGUGGGAGGAAGGUCAGUUCCUCUGGGUGAACGGCUCCGUGUUCGGGGGACCGUGGGUGCUGAGUCCCUGGCUCUGGGGGGGCCCCGACCCCUGUGGCUUGGACAUGGCCGUGUUCCUCCACCCUCGGCAGAGCGGGCGCUACACGGUGUGGAUCAUAGAGCGAGACAAACCCCCGCUGGCCCUGCUGUCCACAGACACCCUGCCUCGCAUCACCGGCUGGGCGGUGGUGCACCUCACGCUGGGGACCCGCGGCGGCGCCCCCUUCCGGAUCUCCACCAGCUACGACCGGCCGGUGAGUAGGGACACCCCGGCCACCAUCGAGCCCCGCUUCACCACCAACUGCACUGUGGAGUCUGACCUGGUCUCCAACAUCACUCUGGAGGGGAGCUACAGCUGCCACCGGGGACCGCUCCUCUCGCUGGACAAACUGUGUGACUUUGUGGUUGACUGUCCUCUGGGGGACGACGAAGGCGACGUCUGCCGUCGCUUCCUCAAUGGUAGCUACUGCUCCUUCGAGGAUGAAGACUGCGGCUGGCGGUCUGUGACAGGUCGCGGUGCCACUUGGAGACGGCUGCAGACUCCAGUCAAGCCUUCCAGGCUCAGCUGCCCAUCAUCAGGGGCUGCGUUCAGUGUUGAAGGAGGCCAGUCCAAAGGUCAACACGGCUCGGAACUAUUGAGAAGCCCUCUCUUCCCACCGCCGCUGAGGAACUCGCCGUGCAUAGUGCGCUUCUGGCUGUGUUCCGGAGGGCAGCAGAAGGGGGCGCUGUCCCUCUGGAUGGUGCAGAACACCACAGGCCAGGAGGACCUGCCCCUGUGGCGCUCCACUAGUGAGCUGAGAUCAGAGAGGGGCUGGAAGCAAGUUGCCCUCCCGCUCUAUGGACUGGCAGACUGGUUCUGGCUACAGUUCAGUACUGAAGAUGGUCCAGGUCCCGGUUCGGCCAUUUCCCUUGACAACAUCUCCUUCAGCAUGGACUGUUUCCUGGCCUCCAAUGGCGAGUUUCCACCCGUGGCCACGAGCACGGCGAGACUGCCACUCGGACCAACCAAUCAGAACAUCAGGACGACCACCCCGUCCAAUGGCAACCCUCCUGGACGUCCCUUCCCUCCGGAUGACUCCAAAAAGUGGAUCUUCCACACCUGCGGGGCCUCCGGCCCAGAGGGCCCGACCCCCAGCCAGUGCAGCAACUCCUACCGCUACACCAACGUCAACAUCACCCUGGGCACCAGGGGCCCCUUCAAAGGCGUCCAGAUGUGGCGGGUCCCCGAGACCGGCACCUACAGGAUCACGGCGUACGGGGCGGCGGGCGGGCGCAGCGUGCUGGCCGUGACCGGGUCCCACGGCGUCUACAUCACGGCGGACUUCCGGCUGCAGAAGGGAGAGCUGCUCCACAUCCUGGUGGGACAGAAGGGCGAGAGCGCCUGUCCCAAUUCCAACAUGGUGCCCAGUAGGAUUUGCGCUGAGCAGAGCUCCCCGCUGGUCAACAAGUCCCAGGUCAAGUGGGGCGGAGGGGGAGGGGGCGGAGCCACCUACGUCUUUAAGGUCAACAGGGACGUGUACAUCCCCCUCAUCAUCGCCGCUGGGGGAGGGGGCAGGGGCUACAGCAGCCAAUCAGACAGCCAAAUGGAGCAGAUGGACUAUGACCCCAGCCAACCGGGGCGCAGCGGGAAGUCCAACGCCGCGGGCGGCGGCGGGGGCUGGAACGACAGUGCCCCUGCCAGUCAGGGCGGGAGACCCCUGGUGCUCGGGGGCCACGGAGGCCAGUCGUGUCAGAAGCUGUGGCCGACCCACGGGGGGUUUGGGGGCGGAGGCGGCGGCUGCAUCUCCGGAGGCGGUGGAGGGGGCUUCAGAGGUGGCAACACCUCGGUGGACAACAACGCCAGGCACGACGGCGGAGACGGCUCGUCCUUCAUCAGCCCAGACGGAGAGACGUUCCUUGAUGCUCUCAAAGGUAUGGAGGCGGACGGGGAGGUCCUCAUCAGCCCUGUGCAGAACUGUAGUCACUGUGAGAGCAGCGACUGCCAUAAGGUGGAGUCGGGCACCCUCUGCUACUGCGACGGCGACCUCGUCCUGGCUCCCGACGGGACGUCCUGCGUCAACGCCACAGUGGUGUCCCUGGGAGCCCCUCAGCAGCCCUCCCUGUCCCACCUGGCCCUGGGCCUCUCCGUGGGCACCUCAGCCCUCAUCGCCGCCCUGCUGCUGGCCGUGUCCGGAGUGAUGAUCAUGUACAGACGGAAGCACACAGAGCUACAGUCCAUCCAGCUGGAGCUCCAGAGCCCUGACUGUAAGCUGAGCAAGCUGCGGGCCUCUACCAUCAUGACCGACUACAACCCCAACUACUGCUUCGCCGGCAAGACGGCGUCCGUCAACGACCUGAAGGAGGUGCCGCGCCGAAACAUCUCCCUCACCAGGGGUCUGGGUCACGGGGCUUUCGGUGAGGUGUACGAGGGUCUGGCCGUGGGCAUCGCGGGGGAACCAAGUCCCAUGCAAGUAGCAGUGAAGACACUUCCCGAGGUCUGCUCUGAGCAGGAUGAGCUCGAUUUCCUAAUGGAGGCUUUGAUUAUUAGCAAGUUCAGCCACCAGAACAUUGUGCGCUGCAUAGGGGUCAGCCUGAAGGCUCUGCCCAGGUUCAUACUGCUGGAGCUCAUGGCCGGAGGAGACCUCAAGUCCUUCCUGAGGGAAACCAGGCCGCGGCUGGAGCAGCCUUCCAGUCUGUCCAUGGUGGACCUCCUCAACGUGGCCAGAGACAUCGCCAGGGGCUGCCAGUACCUGGAGGAGAACCAGUUCAUACACAGGGACAUCGCCGCACGGAACUGCUUGCUGACCUGCAAGGGACUAGGAAGAGUGGCCAAGAUCGGGGACUUUGGGAUGGCCCGGGACAUUUACAGGGCCAGUUACUACAGGAAAGGAGGGCGUGCCAUGCUUCCGGUGAAAUGGAUGCCACCGGAAGCCUUCAUGGAGGGCAUCUUCACCUCCAAGACCGACACGUGGUCCUUUGGGGUCCUCCUGUGGGAGAUCUUCUCCCUGGGUUACAUGCCCUAUCCCAGCCGUAGUAAUCAGGAAGUCCUGGACUUCGUUACCAACGGGGGACGGAUGGACCCUCCAAAGAACUGCCCUGGUCCAGUGUACCGCAUCAUGACCCAGAGCUGGCAGCACCAGCCUGAGGACAGGCCCAACUUUUCCACCAUCCUGGAGAGGAUCGACUACUGCCUACAGGACCCUGACGUGGUGACCACGCCCUUGCCGGUGGAGUACGGCCCGAUGAUGGAGGAGGAGGAGCAGGCGGCAGCCAAUCCCGACGACGCCUCGGUGCCGGCCAUCCUGGUGGUCGGUCCGACCCCGGACGGCCACAGCGGAGGAGGCCAGCCUCCCCCCCCCUCCUACCCCGGGGAGGAGACCCGGAGGGGUGGAGGCGCAGGUGGAGGGGACGUAGCCGGCCCUGGUACUCCCGACGCCAAAGCUCAGCUGGCUGCCCAGCAACCCUCGCUGUGCCUGCGGCAGCACCAGCACCAGAUCCUGCAGCCCUCCUCUGCCGCCACCACCACCACCGCCGCCUCCACCUCCUCCUCCGCCUCCUCCACCUCCUCCUCCGCCGCCGCCCAGCCCGUCUGCGAGGGCGGCCACGUCAACCUGGCCUUCGCCCAGGGCCAGCUGCCACAAGAGAAGGACCGCAACGGCAAGCCCAGCAGCCUGUGGAACCCCACCUACGGCUCCUGGUUCCUGCAGCAGCAGCAGAGGAAGCAGCAGCAGCAGCAGCAGCAGCAGCAGCAGCAGCAGCAGCAGAGGCAGGGCUUCAUGGGGGGCGGCGGGGGCAGCAGGGUGCCGGGGGAGGGCCAGGAGCAGGUGGGGCGGACGGUGGCGGAGGCGGCUGGCGCCCUGGGGCUCCAGCACCAACACAAGCAGUUCCAGCACCAACUCCAACUGCAGCAGCAGCAGCAGCAGCAGCAGCAUCAGCUCCAGAUGCUUCACCACCACCACCACCAGCAGCAGCAGCAGCAGCAGCAGCAGCAGCAGCAGCAGCAGGGGAUGUGCAGACCCCUGCUGCCCCCACCCCCUCCCCCUGCCUCCCAGUCGCCCCUGCUCCUGGACUCGGCCGGUCUUCACCAGGUGCCCCUCUACAGACUGCGGCGCUUCCCCUGCGGGAACAUCGGCUACGGCUUCCAGGAGCAGGGGGUGCCCUUGGAGACGGCCAACCCCCCCCCGACGUUGCUCCAGCCCCCAGCUCCGUCGGCGGGCAGCAUCACCACCACCACCUCCUCCUCCACCAUGGGUCGCUCAAGCAUGUCGGAGGACAGCCGCCCGCUGCUGGUAACCAUGGGGACGGUGCAAGACCCCAGGCUGCCGAGGAUGGAGGGGCACAAUGCCACCGUGCUUUAGCCUGAUUGGUCACCUUGUUUUUUUUUAGUACUCUCAACAAAAAGGCCCCUGUAUGGAAGCACAGAAGGGACCGCACGGUCAGGAUGGAAACACAAACCUUUUGGAAUGUAAACCAAAUGUAGCAUUGCUCUGAAGCCACAGACUGCGGUGGGUUUUUACAGUGAACUCAACUAAACAUUGUCACAAAUGAUUUACCGUACAUUGAUCCCACGUUAUUUGUUUAGCUAGCUAGGGUUAACCGCCAGCUGUGACGCCAGAUGUAAAUGGCUUUUAAACGUUUAGCUUACAUUCCAGAAAGUGUUCAUACACAACUCCCCCCACCAUUCCACUCGACGGGUUGCUUUGGAGCAACGGAAACCUGGGCUGAGCUAAGCCUAGCCUCAUAUGUGGCCCUUGCUCUGUGAUACACCAUCACGGAUGGCCGCAGUACACGGUGUCCUUUGAUUCUUUUAAAUCCACUUUGUCGGUUGUUCAUGUUCAUGUUUACAAGGUCAGCGCUCCAAACAAGGUUGGGCUCUUUGCCCUUACAUGCUCCUCAGGCAUGAGCAUAUACGACGUAAACAUCGGACGACGAAGCAACACCAUAAUUUGAAAGGACAUUUGUGCCAGUACUCAAGGUAAUGAUAAAUGAAAAUAAAAAAUAAAGGUUUUCUAAAGGCCAAUUCAGAGGAACAUAUGGGGCUGAGCUCACCCAAGCUUGGGAGACAUUUGAAGGUAGUUAUGCUGCAAAGGUCUAUUACUUGGAUAUGGACGUGAGAAUAAUACUUUGAAAUGUGUACUUGUGCAACAAAUUCACAUUUGUUUAAAUUUACAAACAAAAUAGUUGUAUACACAUGGAUCAUUACCUAUUGAACGAUAUAUACUUUAUCUUCAUUCUUGUUCUUCAGUUUCACACUUAGUAUUUCUGGAGUGACCAAUUAAGCAAUUAUGCAUAGAUACAUAUUUUUAGUUGUAGUGACAGUGAAAUAAAUGAUUAUACGAUUAUUUGUUCAGGUCUAAAACCACACAUUUUUUACUUAUGCCGAAGACUUUAAAUUUAAAACACAGGUGUGUGAAUGUUGUAAUGUACACAUUUCAAAAUUUGAGGUUGGAUAUUUUUCUACAACUUUGCACAUCCUAUUCUACAAGUACACAAGCAUAGUAGGUGACGACAAUACAUUUUCAUACUGACCCCCCCCCCCCCCCCAUUCACUGAUGGAUGCUAAAGCACAUCAAAGUACUGAAAACACUAGGAAAAGCGAAUGAUGCAGAGUACAGCAUAGUUUUAAGAGUAAAAAAUGUUAUUUUUUUAGCUCUGAAUGGACUAAGAAUGCGUGAGACGAUGCCGUGGAAUGCGUGAAAGGAAAGGCGGCAGUGGCAAAGAAAGACACGGGGAGCUCUCCACUACAUCUCCCAGACUCAUGUGUUAAUGGACUGCUGCGGAUGUCCUGUUUUGUCCUUUGUGUGACCACGGAUGGGCAGGAUGCUAUUUUGACUUGUUCGGAGAGGCGAGAUUGGCCUAAGCACUUGCUAUGCCCGCCAGCAGCAAAAUGCGCCAGUCUGUUCCCAAGGCUUUGCCUUGGGAACAGCCUUGUCCCUAAUCCAGUUCCCUGUGGAUUUCACAUUAUAUCGCAUAACACCUUGCCAUCCGACUACUUUUCAAAGCAUACCAAUGCAUUGGACACUGAUACCAGAGACAUUUUUUAUGGAAACAAUAACAAGAAAAAAAAGAUGGGGAAAUGUGUGUUGAUGUUCACUAGCCUGCUCGUUAAUUUAUUCAUUAGUUUAUUUAUUUGGAAAAAGGCCCUAUUAAUAAUUCAUGAAUCUGCUUCUCUAGGUCUAAAACAAAUUCACUUUACAUAAGCUUGAUUUCAUUUAGGCCCCUUAACUGAAUAUAUAUAUUUUUUUUUUUUGUUCUUUUGUAACAAAGGAAAACAAAUUAAAGGCGGGUAAAUAGGUCAUAAAUAAUACAGCACAUAGAAUGUCAGAAGCAUUAUGGAAACAUUCUGUAAUGCACUAUGAGGAUUCAAUUUGUGGAUAUGUAAGAUAUUCAAUAAAUAUCAAAAGUCAAUGAGGAUCAGAAGCUGUAAGAGAUUUAAAAAAAAAGUACCUGGAACAAUAUGCUUGAGUAGGUUUGCAUCAACAUUAAUUAACAUUUAUUUACAGUUCAUACACAGACGUUAAAGUCAAAACACUUAUUUAACCGUUGUUUUCAACUUUUAAUCAUUAUUUUUACAAAAAAAUGUAAUAAAAGGAGAAAAAAUACAAAAACAAAGACAACAAAAGAUUUGGGAUAUGGUCUAUUUCACAUAUUUUGGAACCAGAGAAGUAUUGGGUAUAACCGAAUAAAUUGUUAACUUUAAAUUGCUUCUUUUUACAAAUGCUACGCAAGCGCCACGUGUUCCUUGAAUUGCAUAUUGUUUUCAUUAUCCUGAACAAAGAAUGACUGUUUUGAAACAACAAAAGUAUCACAGACAUUGAGCAUUGAAACACCAACUAUGAACUGCUUUUGUUACCGGCUUCUUCUGCCAUGCCCUCUCGUCACACAUUUCCGCACCACAUGGUUUCUGUGUAACAAGACAUCUAUUUUUUUUUACUUGCACAACAAGUAUCCGUUUUUCCUUCAUGACGUGUGUGUGUGUGUGCGUGUGUGUGUG